ACUUGUUGUCGCAUAAUGGUUUCGAAUAAUGCAUUCCAUAUUAUGGGCUACAUUUAUGUUGGAUUGUGUCUGAUUAGCUCGCUUUUGCUUAUCAUUAAUUCAAGUCACACGUUGAAAGCCACUGGAUACGAAUGGGUAAUCGAUGAUUCCGGUCGUUACAAAGUCAUAAGUACCAAUAUGAGUGUUACCAGCGUGACCACUCUUAUAGUAGCAAUAAAUUCCAUGAUAUUCGACCUGUGCUUGUUGCUAGGACUAAAAAUGCGCAACAUCACUUUAGUGAAGUGCCACAUGUUCUACAUAACAAUAGCAUUUGUUCUAAUGGUACUGGGCUUGUUCAUUGGCUGCAUCAUGGCAGGAUUAUCAGUUGGCGAUCGAGCUUCAUAUAACAGAGUAGAAGAAAACAGCGCUAUAGUCAUAGCCGUGACUUUGUUGUUCAUUUUUUUUACAACAGUAAUUACACUAUUCUUCACACAUGCGAUUUGGAUUCUGAAUGGCGUAGUUGAAUACAUUAGGAGCGAGCAGAACGACCAAUCCUAUUAUAUGAGUUUCAAAAAAAAAUAUCUUCCCCAUGCACUAAAAAUAAUAAUGGCGUGCAUAACAGGAAAAAAUGCAGUAGGAAAACAUAAUUUUUCAAUGGCAAUGGACAAUAAUUUGUUGCAGUUCAAUUAUGAUUAAGUUCAAUAAAACAGGAAGUGGGUUAUAUCUAUGGUAUAACCGCAAGGGUGACGUAAGACUACCAUUGAUUUAGAGAUCAUUUGUUUGAAGUUGAAUCUAAAUCCAUUCUGAAUGAAUGAAUAAAUGAAUA